CGGUGCGCUGCGCAUUGGAGCCGGUGGCGUGCGGGAGUUUGACGUGGCACUACUCGCCGUGCACUUUCAGGAUUCCGAGCGAAGCGGACGCUGCCCAGUCUCCCAUUCUACUACUUAGGUUUUUGUCGGGUUGCCAGAUUGGCAUGAGAAGAAUCCCCUGACAGCAUGAGCCAGCAGGGAUACGUCGCGGCCCCCCCUUACUCCCAGGCACAGCCCGGGAUGGGGGGGUACCCCAGUGGGUAUGGAGCAACCCCCGCCCAGCCCAUGUACGGGCACUACGGAGCACCUGCACAGGCCUUCUCCGCCCCACCCACAGGUGUUGCCAAAGGGCCAGUGGCCACGCCCCCUCCUGUGUCUCAGUACGGAUCACCACUGCAACAGAACGGAGCACACACACAGAGGUUCCCACCCCCUGCAGCAGGCCCCUCCCCCUUUGGCCCACCCCCUCAGGUGUCCUACCAGAGCAUGGCCCCUCAGGUCCCGCCCCCCACCCAGCAGCUGGCCAAUCAGAUGGGGGCCAUGCAGAUCGGUAACUAUGGCCAAAUGCCCCAGGCCCCCCCCAGCUCUGCUUCCCAGAUGAGCCCGCCCCCAACGAUGUCCCAGCCAGCCCCACCCUCAAUGAUGUCACAUCAAGCUCCGCCCUCAAUGAUGUCACAACCAGCUCCACCUUCAAUGAUGUCACAUCAAGCUCCACCCUCAAUGAUGUCACAUCAAGCUCCGCCCCCGAUGAUGUCACAACCAGCUCCACACCCCAUGAUGUCACAGUCCGGACCCAUGGCUCCAGGGCCCCAGACUCCUCCCAUGGGAUCGCCUCCACCAAUGGGAGCUGCCCCUCCGAUGACUGGCAUGAUGUCUGGCCCGCCUCCGAUGGGAGGGGUUGGAUUCCAGCAGCAUCCUGGUCAGGGGGGACCCCAGGGGUUUCCACAGCAACCAGGUCCGGGUCCAUAUGGGGGACCAAUGGGAGCACCACAGUCGGGGUUCCCUGGGGCUUUUCAAGGGGGGGCAGCACAGAUGGCUGGACCCCCCCAGAAGAAACUGGACCCUGACUCCAUCCCCAGCACAACUCAGAUGAUUGAGGAUGACCAGGCCAAGCGUGGAGGGCAGCUCUACACCACAAACGUCAGAGGACAGGUGCCCCCCCUCGUCACCACCAACUUCACCGUGCAGGACCAAGGUAAUGCCAGUCCUCGGUUCAUGCGCUGCACCACGUACACGUUCCCCUGCACGGCAGACCUGGCCAAACAGUGUCAGGUUCCCCUGGCAACCAUCAUCAAGCCCCUCGCUACCAUCCCAAAGAACGAGGCCCCUCUGUUCAUGGUGAAUCACGGUGAGACGGGUCCGAUACGCUGUAACCGCUGCAAGGCCUACAUGUGCCCCUACAUGCAGUUCAUGGACGGGGGACGCAGAUACCAGUGUGGCUUCUGCAACUGUGUCAAUGAAGUACCAGCGUUUUACUUCCAGCAUCUGGACCACAUGGGCCGGCGCAUGGACGUGUACGAGCGUCCAGAACUCUCCCUGGGCUCCUACGAGUUUAUCGCCACGCUGGACUACUGCAAGAACAACAAGCUGCCCAACCCCCCUGCUUACAUCUUCAUGAUUGACGUGUCUUUCUCCAACAUCAAGAGCGGCCUGGUCAGACUAGUGUGUGAAGAACUCAAGACUCUACUGGACAACCUGCCCAGGGAGGACGGUGUGGAGAGCUCGGCGGUCAGGGUGGGCUUCGUCACCUACAAUAAGAUCCUGCACUUCUACAACGUGAAGGGAGCGCUGGCGCAGCCCCAGAUGAUGGUGGUGUCCGACGUGGUCGAUAUGUUCCUGCCGCUCCUCGACGGCUUCCUCGUCAACUAUGACGAGUCCCGCGCCGUCAUCAACAAUCUGUUGGAUCAGAUUCCCGACAUGUUUGCUGACACUAAUGAGAGUGAGACGGUGUUCACUCCAGUCAUCCAGGCAGGACUAGAGGCUCUGAAGGCAGCUGAGUGCAGUGGGAAGCUCUUCCUGUUCCACUCCUCCAUUCCUACCGCCGAGGCUCCUGGGAAACUCAAAAACAGAGACGACAGGAAGCUCGUCAACACAGACAAGGAGAAGACUCUGUUCCAGCCUGCACGGGGUGUGUAUGAGUCCCUGGUGAAGGAGUGUGUGACGCAGGGCUGCAGUGUGGAUCUGUUCCUGUUCCCCAGUCAGUACCUGGACAUGGCCACCAUGGGCCACCUGCCCACACACACCGGGGGGUCCGUCUACAAGUACAACAACUUCCAGGCGGAGACAGACGGAGAGAACUUCCUGAGUGACCUGCGGAAGGACAUCGAGAAACCCAUCGGCUUCGACGCCAUCAUGCGUGUCCGCACCAGCACAGGGUUCCGGGCCACAGAUUUCCAUGGGGCCGUGUACAUGAACAACACCACGGAUGUGGAGAUGGCGUCCAUCGACUGCAACAAGGCCGUCACCGUGGAGUUCAAACAUGACGACACACUGAGUGAGGAGACAGGUGCACUUAUGCAGUGUGCCCUGCUAUACACCACGGUGGGGGGACAGCGGCGUCUGCGUGUCCACAAUCUGAGUCUGAGCUGCAGCGGCCAGCUGUCCGAACUCUACAAGAGCUGCGAGACCGACGCACUCACCAACUACUUCGCCAAGUCAGCGUACCGCGCCAUGUUGAACCAGCCCCUGAAGACGGUCAGGGAGAUCUUGGUCAACCAGACCGCACACAUGCUGGCCUGCUACCGCAAGAACUGUGCGAGUCCUUCAGCCGCUAGUCAGCUGAUCCUGCCGGACGCUAUGAAGGUGUUCCCUGUGUACAUGAACAGCCUGAUGAAGACGCUGCCACUAGUGGGCAGUAGUGAGCUGUCCACUGACGAGAGGGCCUACCAGAGACUCACAAUGCUCAGCAUGGGCGUGGAGGACACACAGCUGCUGCUCUACCCACGACUCAUACCUGUGCAUACCAUGAGUGUGGACAGUGAUGUCAUCCCGGCGGCUGUGCGCUGCUCUGAGGAGCGACUGACUGAUGGGGGCAUGUUCCUGCUGGACAAUGGGCGGGGCCUCUUCCUGUGGGUGGGGCAGGCCUGCCCCCCUGACCUCGUGCAGAGUCUCUUCAACGUGCCGUCCGUCGCUCACCUCCCAGCUGACCUGAGCUCUCUACCUGACCUGGAUAACGCCCACUCAAAGAAGCUGCGUUCCAUCAUCUCAUCCAUCUGUGAGCAGAGGCCUAACUCUAUGAAGCUGGUGGUGGUGCGGCAGAAGGACCGGCCGGAGGUCCUGUUCCGGCAGCUGCUGGUGGAGGACAAGGGUCUGCAUGGGGGGGCCUCCUACAUGGACUUCCUCUGCUACGUCCACCGCGAGAUACGACAGCUGCUCACCUAAACACACACUCGCACACACACUCUCUCUCUCUCUCACACACACACACACACAUCCUCUCUCUCUUUCUCUCUCUCUCUCACACACACACACACACAUACAACCACUCUCUCUCUCCCUCACACACACACACACACACACACACACACACUUGAGACUGGGAGAGAGGCUCGGUAUGCCCAGUGUAUCCAGCUGCCCUCUCCUUUGAUAUGGGAUUUAGAUGGAACUCCCACAAUGCUCUGCUCUGGACUACACUACCCACAGUGCAAUUCUUCACCGGCAAUUCUGUGGAUAUGGACUUUUGGGACCUGAAGCUCAUUCCCGCGGUGACACAGACCAUGACCCUGUAAUUAAACCUGUAGGUGUGUGUGUGUGUGUGUGUGUCACUGCUGGCCACACAUCCACUUCUUCUCCUCUCCUCUCCCCUCACUUGUCAGAUUUGGCCAUUGGCCAGCAGAGGGCAGCCUUACCCCGUACUCAUGAGGUCACCCAGUGUUUCUAUGUUUGUGUAACGCACAAGUCCAGCUGGAGUUGGAGUAGCCCCAACUUAGUGCUUCAUGCGGCACACCUGCGACCUCACCAUCAUGGAGUCAUGCCCCACCCGCACACUGCCUUCAACCUCCCCAUCAUGGCGUCAUACCCCACCCGCACACUGCCUUCGACCUCCCCAUCAUGGCGUCAUACCCACCCGCACACUGCAAGUGAGUCAGCACGACCUUCACCCCCCGGCCAGUCCCUCCUCCCCCCUCUCCACCGGGACUGCUGAUUCUGCCUUAACUGCCCCUUGACAGGUGCUGUGUCCAUGGGACUAACACAUCACACCACACCACAUCACAUCACCCUGUGUCCAUGGGACUAACACAUCACACCACAUCACAUCACACCACAUCACCCUGUGUCCAUGGGACUAACACAUCACACCACAUCACAUCACACCACAUCACCCUGUGUCCAUGGGACUAACACACCACAUCACCCUGUGUCCAUGGGACUAACACAUCACACCACAUCACAUCACACCACAUCACCCUGUGUCCAUGGGACUAACACACCACAUCACACCACAUCACCCUGUGUCCAUGGGACUAACACAUCACACCACAUCACAUCACACCACAUCACCCUGUGUCCAUGGGACUAACACCACAUCACAUCACACCACAUCACAUCACACCACACAUCAUCACACCACAUCACAUCACCCUGUGUCUAUGGGAUUAAAACAUCACAUCACCCCGUGUCCAUGGGACUAAAACAUCACAUCACAUCACCCCGUGUCCAUGCAUGGCCGGAUUAUCAUGACCACGGGCCCUGGGCACAAAAUUGGAAUGGGUCCCCCCUCCCACCCCGCACGCACGCAUGCACACACGCAGGCAAAUAGCCAACAAGCUCACUCUCGCGAAGGACACACAGUGUUUAUUUACAGCGCGUAAACCCUCAAUCUAACAGGCUACAGAUACGUAUGUUUUGGUGUUGUUUUUUUUCUCAUGGAUUAGCCUACCUUUUUGAAAAAGUUUGAAAACUGUUGAAAAAUAUUUCUCCUCGAGGAAAUGUUUUGAAUUCUGGCAGCUAAUUGGACGUUGUUCACGCAAUUCUGGACAGAAACGUUAAGGUGAAGACCGGCACGCUGCCCGUCUGGCUCAUCCAAACCUCACACUGCAUGCGUGACACAAACACAACAACUUGGACAUCACAAUAAAUGAGGAUACUCAUAAAUAAAUCUGCACUGAUAAGAUGUUUAAUUGACAGAAAUCAAUUACGUUUGUGUAGGCUAUCAUCUAGAAACUAAAAUCUUUCUAAGCAGCCCAUCAGUGGUUCUCAAAGCUGCUGUAACCUAAUAGGUGUGCUUUAUGAUUAGUGACUCUGGCCAUGCGAACACUCUCACGUCCCGUACCUGCUGAUCCAGUAAUAUAUUCACCUUUAGCUUCGUCUCUGGUCAAAACGUGUGUCAUAUUGAUAGCAUGUAAGCCAUGUCUGCACUAUUGCAAUCUAUACCUGCCAUUAACAAACACGAAUGCGCUCGCUAUGCGUAAAGCCACUAAAUUAUGUGUGUGCUUACUGCGCUACACUCAAAAGUUUAGACAGAAGUGGAUUUCAUGUUUGUAGGUUGUUGAAGUGUGGACUAACUGCUCAAUUGUGUUCAAGAAACCGCUACAUUAGCUAAAAUGACAUCUCCACACGACGAGUAGCCUUGUCUGGAUGUUAUGAACUGUUUCGACGUGAUUGCUCGCCUUCACUCACUGACUGUGUCAGUGUCAAAGCUGACGGCAGGCGGCAGACACUGUUUCUGAUUUAGCAUAGAAGUCAGACACUGUCAGUCAGUCAGUCAGACACUGUUUCUGAUUUAGCAUAGAAUUUUGAUCGAACGGGUUGCACAAAUCUGCAUAUGAUUAAGGAAGUGCGGACUGCCUUUAUAACUUGAUCGAACAUAAUAUUUUGACUGUGCCCAGGGCCCCUUACUGGACCGGUGCCCCUGGGCAAGUGCCCAAUUGCCCUAAUGGUUAUUCCGGCCCUGGUCCAUGGGAUUAAAACAUCACAUCACCCCUGUGCCCAUGGGACUAAAACAUCACAUCACCCCCCCGUGUCCAUGGGAUUAAAACAUCACUUCACCCCCCUGGUCCAUGGGACUAAAACAUCACAUCACCCCCCUGGUCCAUGGGACUAAAACAUCACAUCACCCCCCCGUGUCCAUGGGAUUAAAACAUCACAUCACCCCCCUGGUCCAUGGGAUUAAAACAUCACAUCACACCCCUGUGCCCAUGGGAUUAAAACAUCACAUCACCCCGUGUCCAUGGGACUAAAACAUCACAUCACCCCCCGGUGCCUGUGCAACAUGCAGUGGCCUCUUACUUCUCUUGCUUUUUUUGACAUUUGAAAUAUAUAUUUUUGAAAUUGUUGUUUACUUAUGAUACCAAAAACAAUUUAAGAUAUUUAUUCUUAUAAAGGUGAAACAUUACACAUAUUUCAGAAUCCAUUUUAGUUUAGUGUACUUUAGUUAGAUAAUCGCCUCUUCAUGUGUAGCUGUCUCUGAUGUAAACCUGUAGUGCUAGGCUAGGCUAAUGCUAAUAUAGCGUAUGCCUUUUCUAAUGUAAACCUGCAGCGAUAGGCUAGGCUAGGCUAAUGCUAAUAUAGCGUAUGCCUUUUCUAAUGUAAACCUGCAGCGAUAGGCUAGGCUAAUGCUAAUAUAACGUAUGCAGUAGUAGGCUAGGCUAACGGCAACACGACGUGUCAGCGUCUCACAGUGGCAGGUCUGUGCUGAGAGGUCUCCAGCUCACAGGUUGUUUUUCUGAAGUCUGUGUGAAUCAGGAAUUGAGGUCUGACUUUUGGUUAUGUAUGGUUUGUAUGCAAACAUAUCUCAGGUAAUUUCAUGUACCUAGCGUCUCAUAGAGCUUUGUGUGGGGGCUGGCUGAGAUGUGUGCAAAGAUGGCCGACCGGUCAAAGGAUCGAUGGCCACGGGAGCCCCCUGGUGGUGAUUGGACUGAAGUAUCUGCCAUGUAAAUUCUGAUGGGAUGUUGACUGUGUUGACUUUGCCAUUUUGAUUAAAGCCUAGUCUAUAAAAUAA